AUGCUCGUCCUCCACCAUCUCGGCAUCUCCCAAUCCGAGCGAAUCACCUGGCUUCUCGAAGAACUCGGCCUCGAAUACAAACUCGUAAAACACACCCGCGCCCCCCUCGCCGCCCCGGACUCCCUCCAGAGCCUCCCGGGCAACGCAACGGGGAAAGCCCCCUUCAUAGAAGACACCACCGCCGGCAUCACCCUGGCGGAGAGCAACGCCAUCACAGACUACAUCAUCUGGAAACACGGCGGCGGCCGCCUCGCCCUCGCACCGGACCAUAAAAAUUUCGCCGACUACCUGUACUGGAAGGAUUUCGCCAACAGCAGCCUGCAGGCCACCCUGACCACGAGCAUGUUUGUGGAGCUUUCGGAUACCUCCCCGGAGCAUAUGGUCCGGCAGUUUGCCGAGCAACGGCUGCAGGCCGCGUUGAAGCACAUGGAUGAUCGGCUGCGGGAGAACCAAUGGCUCGCGGGAGAGGAAUUCACGGCUGCGGAGACCAUGUCGGUGUAUAGUCUGACGACGCAGAGGUAUUUCGGGCCACGGGUGAGUUUGAAACCGUAUGGCAAUCUCUUGCGUUGGAUUAAGGAUUGCUCGGAGCGGCCGGCUUAUAAGCGAGCGAUGGAGAAGGGGGAUCCGGAGAUGAAACUUUUGCUGGAGGCGGAGCCCCCGGAGAAGACUCUGAUGGACAGUGGUGGUGUGGAGAGUGGAGCGUGGAAGAAAUGA